AUGAUUACCUUACUAAUAGGCCUCCUUGGCCUCGCCUGGUUCUUUGCUUGGCUAAACCGUAGCGCGCGCACCAGCGGUCUCGAAGCGAGAGAAGGGGCGCCACCGAGCACGACAGCAGCAGCAGACGACCAGCAACCCAUGCCUCCGGCGGAUCAACUCCGGAACAUCUACCACAUCACGUUCUUGCUCCGACAGAAGCUGGUGCCAGAUGUCGUUCCUGCGAUUCUCCACCAUGCCGGGCUUUUCCAACGACAUGCGUCUAGCAUCAAGAACGACCAUCCGGUCUCCAUAACACAGCGCAAUGCACCGUAUUUGUGCCUUUUGACACCGCCAAUCAACAGCUCAGCACGACUAAAGCACCCUGUGCGCAAGGUAGUUUUCGCCAUCCAGAGCUGCGAUCAAGGGUGGGCGGACGAUCGUUCCGCCAGUUGGACAUGGUUCACCGCCGGCGUGGUCCAUCACUGUGAACGGAGUGAGGAGACACUGAUCGAUGAACGAGUCGUGGAGCUCGCGCUCGAGGACCAGUCUGACAGUGACAAGUUUCUUGAUGCUGAGCGGCAGAUAAUGAGGAAUAUUGCUGCGAGCCGCGAAAUGAGAACCACCAUCAUCGAAUGGACUGUGGACUCAGAAGACGAGAACGAGCGUGAGUGGGUGGCGAGCUUGCAGAACGGAGAUCGGAUCGCGGUUCGAGCAUGGGCACAGUUUCAAGGCUGGAAGAACAAGAUCAAGUCUGUCAGCGUGGCCACGUACACUGCUGCGGUGGUCUGA